AUGGAGAAGGAGGAGGAGACCACGCGGGAGCUGCUGCUGCCCAACUGGCAGGGCAGCGGCUCGCACGGGCUGACCAUCGCCCAGACGGACGACGGCGUCUUCGUGCAGGAGGUCAUGCAGAACUCCCCUGCGGCCCGCACCGGGGUGGUCAAGGAGGGGGACCAGAUUGUGGGCGCCACCAUCUACUUUGACAACCUGCAGUCGGGCGAGGUGACGCAGCUGCUGAGCACCAUGGGCCACCACACGGUGGGCCUGAAGCUGCACCGGAAGGGGGACCGCUCCCCCGAGCCCGGCCAGACCUGGACGCACGAGGUCUUCAGCUCCGGCACUUCUGAGGUGGUUCUGAGCGGGGCUGACGAGGAGUACCAGCGCAUCUAUGACAACAAGAUCAAGCCCCGGCUGAAGUCGGAGGACGGAGUGGAAGGCGACCCCGGGGAGACCCAGAGCCGCACCAUCACGGUGACCAGGAGGGUCACGGCCUACACUGUGGAUGUGACGGGCCGGGAAGGAGCCAAGGACAUCGACAUCAGCAGCCCUGAGUUCAAGAUCAAGAUCCCACGGCACGAGCUGACCGAAAUCUCCACUGUGGACGUGGAGACCCAGUCUGGGAAGACGGUGAUCCGACUGCCCUCGGGCUCAGGGGCUGUGGACGUGCGAGCCGGCGCCAUGGCCGCUUCGGGACCAGAGCUCCACGGUGCUGGCCACUCGAAGCUGCAGGUCUCCGUGCCUGGGAUCAAGGACGUGGAUCUGAGCCUGGGGUCCUCCAAACUGAGAGGAGACAUUAAGGUUUCCGCUCCGGGAAUGCAAGGCGAUGUCAAAGGCCCUCAAGUGGCAGUUAAAGGCUCCAAAGUGGACAUAGAGUCGCCCAGCCUAGAGGGGGCCCUGGCAGGACCCAAGCUGAGCAGCCCUUCUGGGAAGAUGGGAACCUGCAGCAUCUCCAUGGCAGAUGUCGACUUAAAGGUGGCUGCCCCUAAAGGGAAAGGGGGUGUAGAUGUCACGCUCCCCAAAGUCGAAGGGAAAGUCAAAGUCCCCGAAGUGGGUGUCAAAGGCCCCAAAGUGGAUGUCCGUGCCCCAGAUGUGGAACUCCAUGGCCCAGAGUGGAACCUGAAAAUGCCCAAGAUGAAAAUGCCCAAGUUCGGCACUCCGGGGGUCCAAGGGGAAGGCUCCGAGGUAGACGUCCAUCUACCCAAAGGAGAUGUCAGCAUUACGGGGCCCAAGGUCAACGUGGAGGCUUCCGGUGUCAGUGUAGGAGGCCUCGAGGGCAAGCUGAAAGGCCCUGAUGUUAAGCUGCCUGAAGUGAGUGUCAAGACGCCCAAGGUCUCCAUGCCAGAUGUCGAUCUGCACGUGAAAGGCCCCUCGGUGAAAGGAGGGUACGAUGUGUCGGCACCAAAACUUGAAGGGGAGCUGAAAGGCCCCCAGGUGGACAUUACUGCCCCCGACGUGGAUGCUCACGGCCCAGAAUGGCACCUGAAGAUGCCCAAGAUGAAAAUGCCCAAGUUCGGCGUGCCAGGGUUCAGAGCGGAGGGCCCAGAGGUGGACGUGAACCUGCCCAAGCCUGAUGUGGACAUUUCCGGGCCCAAGGUAGAUGUGAGUGCUCCGGAUGUGAGGAUGGAGGGACCGGAAGGAAAAUUGAAAGGACCCAAAUUUAAGAUGCCCGAGAUGAAUAUCAAAGCCCCCAAGAUCUCCAUGCCAGACGUGGACUUGCAUUUGAAAGGCCCUAGUGUCAAAGGAGAAUACGAUGUGACGGUGCCAAAGGCCGAAGGCGAGGUGAAAGUUCCCGAUGUUGAACUUAAGAGUGCCAGAGUGGAUAUUGAUGUUCCAGACGUGGACAUUCAAGGCCCAGGCUGGAAUUUGAAGAUGCCCCAGAUGAAAAUGCCCAAGUUCAGCGUGCCUGGCGUCAAAGCAGAGGGCCCAGAAAUGGAGGUGAACCUGCCCAAAGCCGACAUUGGCAUCUCAGGGCCCAAGGUGGAUGUUGACAUUCCAGAUUUGAACAUUGAAGGACCCGAAGGAAAGCUGAAGGGCCCCAAAUUCAAGGUGCCUGAGAUGAACAUCAAGGCCCCCAAGAUCUCCAUGCCUGAGGUGGACUUGCAUAUGAAAGGGCCCAAGGUAAAGGGCGAAUAUGACGUUACAGUGCCAAAGCUGGAAGGUGACCUGAAAGGGCCAAAAGUAGAUGUCAGCGCCCCAGAUGUUGAAGUUCAUGGCCCUGAUUGGAACCUGAAGAUGCCCAAGAUGAAAAUGCCCAAAUUCACCAUGCCCAGCCUCAAAGGAGAGGGCCCAGAAUUGGAUGUGAACUUGCCCAAGGCUGAUGUAGACCUUUCUGCACCCAAGUUAGAUGUGAGUGCUCCAGAUCUGAGCCUUGAGGGACCUGAAGGGAAGCUGAAAGGCCCCAAGUUUAAGAUGCCUGAGAUGCACUUCAAAGCUCCUAAGAUGACUCUGCCAGAUGUUGACCUCAAUCUGAAAGGACCCAAAAUGAAAGGAGAUGUAGAGAUGUCUGCACCAAAAAUAAAAGGUGAGAUGACAGUUCCAGACGUGGACCUCAAAGGGCCCAGCGUAGACAUUAAAGCACCAGAUGUGGAAGUACAAGGUGGAGACUGGAGCAUGAAAAUGCCCAAGAUGAAAAUGCCCAAGUUCAGCAUGCCUAGUUUCAAAGCAGAGGGCCCAGAAGUGGAUGUGAACCUGCCCAAGGCUGACAUUGACAUCUCUGGACCCAAGGUGGACAUAGAAGCUCCAGAUGUGAGCCUUGAGGGACCAGAAGGGAAGCUGAAGGGCCCCAAGUUCAAGAUGCCUGACAUGCACUUCAAGGCUCCCAAGAUCUCCAUGCCUGAUGUGGACUUACACUUGAAAGGGCCCAAGGUCAAAGGGGAUGUGGAUGUCUCUGUGCCCAAGAUAGAAGGUGAGAUGAAAGUGCCAGAUGUGGACCUCAAAGGGCCCAAAGUAGAUGUUGAUGUUCCAGAUGUGGACGUUCAUGGCCCAGACUGGCACCUGAAGAUGCCCAAGAUGAAAAUGCCCAAGUUCAGCGUGCCUGGUUUCAAAGCAGAGGGCCCAGAGUUGGAUGUGAACCUGCCCAAGGCCGACAUUGACAUCUCCGGACCCAAGGUUGACAUAGAAGCUCCAGAUGUGAGCCUUGAGGGACCAGAAGGGAAGCUGAAGGGUCCAAAGUUUAAGAUGCCUGACAUGCACUUCAAGGCUCCCAAGAUCUCCAUGCCUGAUGUGGACUUGAAUCUGAAGGGACCAAAACUGAAAGGAGAUGUGGAUGUGUCCUUGCCUGAUGUAGAAGGUGAAAUAAAAGUGCCAGAUGUUAACCUUAAAGGGCCCAAAGCUGACAUCAGUGCUCCAGAUGUGGACGUCCAUGGCCCAGACUGGCACCUGAAGAUGCCCAAGGUGAAAAUGCCCAAGUUCAGCAUGCCAGGUUUUAAAGGAGAGGGCCCAGAGGUGGAUGUGAACCUGCCCAAGGCUGACAUCAGUGUCUCGGGACCCAAGGUGGACAUUGAAGGUCCUGAUGUGAAUAUCGAAGGUCCUGAUGCAAAGCUAAAGGGCCCCAAGUUCAAGAUGCCAGAGAUGAACAUCAAAGCCCCCAAAAUCUCCAUGCCUGACAUUGAUCUGAACCUGAAGGGCCCCAAAGUGAAGGGCGAUGUGGACGUGUCUUUACCAAAAGUGGAAGGUGAGAUUAAGGCCCCUGAAGUGGACAUCAAAGGCCCUAAAGUGGACAUUGACGUCCCAGAUGUGGAUGUCCAUGGUCCUGAUUGGCACCUGAAGAUGCCCAAGGUGAAAAUGCCCAAGUUCAGCAUGCCUGGCUUCAAAGGAGAGGGCCCAGAUGUGGAUGUGAACCUGCCCAAAGCUGACUUGGAUGUCUCAGGACCCAAGGUGGACAUUGAUGUUCCAGAUGUGAAUAUUGAAGGUCCAGAUGCGAAACUGAAGGGCCCCAAGUUCAAGAUGCCUGAGAUGAACAUCAAGGCUCCUAAGAUCUCCAUGCCAGAUUUGGACCUUAAUCUUAAAGGCCCUAAGAUGAAAGGAGAGGUGGAUGUUUCACUGCCAAAGGUAGAAGGUGAUUUGAAAGGGCCUACUCUUGACAUCAAGGGCCCGAAGAUCGAUGUAGAUGCUCCAGCUAUUGACAUUCAUGGUCCAGAAGGCAAGCUGAAAGGCCCAAAAGUGAAGAUGCCUGACAUGCAUGUAAACAUGCCCAAGAUCUCUAUGCCAGAAAUUGACCUGAAUUUGAAAGGCUCAAAGCUUAAGGGAGAGGUUGAUGUUUCUGGGCCCAAAUUAGAAGGGGACAUUAAAGCUCCCAAGUUGGAUGUAAAGGGCCCGGAAGUGGACAUUUCUGGCCCUAAGCUCAAUAUCGAAGGCAAGUCAAAGAAGUCUCGUUUUAAGCUUCCCAAAUUUAAUUUUUCCGGCUCCAAAGUCCAGACACCUGAGGUGGAUGUCAAAGUUAAAAAGCCAGAUGUUGACGUCACAGGCCCAAAAGUUGACAUCAAUGCUCCUGAUGUUGAAGUCCAAGGGAAAGUGAAAGGAUCCAAGUUCAAAAUGCCGUUCCUGAGUAUCUCAUCUCCUAAAGUUUCUAUGCCUGAUGUAGAGCUAAAUCUGAAAGGUCCUAAAGUGAAAGGGGAUGUGGACGUUUCCCUGCCUAAGGUGGAAGGUGACUUAAAGGCCCCUGAAGUUGACAUCAAAGGCCCCAAAGUGGAUAUUGAUGUCCCAGACGUGGAUGUUCAUGGCCCAGACUGGCACCUGAAGAUGCCCAAGGUGAAAAUGCCCAAGUUCAGCAUGCCUGGCUUCAAAGGAGAGGGCCCAGACGUGGAUGUGAACCUGCCCAAGGCCGACAUUGAUGUCUCCGGACCCAAGGUGGACAUUGAUGUCCCAGAUGUGAAUAUCGAAGGUCCAGAUGCAAAACUGAAGGGCCCUAAGUUCAAGAUGCCUGAGAUAAAUAUCAAAGCUCCUAAGAUCUCCAUGCCUGAUGUUGACCUAGAUUUGAAGGGUCCCAAAGUCAAAGGAGAUUUUGAGAUGUCCGUUCCUAAGAUGGAAGGCACUUUCAAAGGCCCAGAAGUAGACUUGAAAGGCCCAGGUCUGGAUUUCGAAGGCCCUGAGGCCAAACUCAGUGGCCCACAUUUCAAGAUGCCAUCGCUGGAUAUAUCUGCCCCUAAAGUCACUGUUCCUGAUGUUGAUUUGCAUCUCAAGACACCCAAGAUUGGGCUCUCUGGCCCCAAAGUAGAAGGCGGAGAACUGGACCUUAAAGGGCCUAAAGUUGACUUGGAAGCGCCGGCCUUGGGUGUCCACAUGGAGGGCCCAGAGGUUAACCUGGAGGGGCCGGAUGUCAAAAUCCCCAAACUUAAGAAACCCAAGUUUGGAUUUGGGGCCAAAAGCCCCAAAGCUGACUUCAAGGCGCCGUCGGCCGAGGUGACUGUCCCUGAGGCGGAGCUCAGUGUCGAGGCUCCGGACAUCAGCGUCGGUGGCAAGGGCAAGAAGAGCAAGUUUAAAAUGCCCAAGAUCCACAUGAGCGGCCCCAAGAUCAAAACCAAGAAGCAAGGGUUUGAUCUGAACCUUCCUGGCGGCGAGAUGGACGCCAGCCUCAGGGCUCCCGACGCGGACGUGAAUGUGGCGGGGCCGGAUGCCUCGCUGAAAGUGGACGUGAAAUCCCCUAGAACGAAGAAGCCCAUGUUCGGGAAGAUGUACUUCCCCGACGUGGAAUUUGACAUUAAAUCGUCCAAAUUCAGAGCGGAGGCCUCCCUCCCCAGCCCCAAGAUGGAGGGCGAGAUCCAGGCGGGCGACCUGGACGUUUCAUCGCCGGGAAUUCACGCGGACGCCCCUGACAUCCGCCUCGGAGGCCCCGGUGCUCACGUCAACGCACCGUCCUUCGGCAUCUCUGCCCCUCAGGUCUCCGCCCCCGAUGUGAGCCUGAGCUUGAAAGGACCAAAGGUCAAGGGCGACGUCCCCAGUGUGGGACUGGAAGGAUCGGACCUAGACCUGCAAGGUCCGGAAGCGAAAAUCAAGUUUCCCAAGUUUUCGAUGCCCAAGAUUGGCGUCCCCGGCGUGAACGUGGAGGGCGGGGGAGCCGACAUCCAGCUGCCCUCGCUGGAAGGAAGCGUGGGCGCGCCUGACGUGAAGCUCGAAGGGCCUGGCGUGUCUCUGAAGGGGCCGAGGGUAGACGUGCCUUCGGUGAACCUCUCCAUGCCAAAGGUCUCCGGGCCUGACCUUGACCUGAACUUGAAAGGACCAAGUGUGAAGGGAGACCUGGCCGUCUCUGGUGACGUCAAGGGCCCUAACGUGUCAGUAGGCGCUCCCGAUCUGAGCUGGGAGGCGCCGGAAGGGGGCAUUAAGCUUCCCCAGAUGAAGCUGCCCCAGUUCGGCAUCUCCACUCCCGGGGCUGACGUGGACGUGAACGUCAAGGGGCCCCAGGUGACCGGAGAGCUGAAGGCGCCAGGCAUGGACGUGAAUCUCGGAGGCCUCGGCCUCAAGGGGCCUCAGAUCUCGGCCCCGGAUGUGGACUUGCACUUGAAAGGACCAAACGUGAAAGGGAGCCUCGGGGGCUCCGGGGAGCUGCACGGGCCCUCUGUCGGAGGCGGCCUUCCGGGCGUGAGUAUUCACGGCCCCCAAGGGGACCUCCACCUGCCCGGCGUGAAGGCCCCUGCGUGUGGUCUGGAGCUGCAGGGGGGCAAGGUGAGGCUCCCCACGGGGCAGGUUUCCGGCCCUGACAUCAAAGGCGACCUGAAAGGACCUUCCUUCUCUGUGGCCUCUCCCGAGUCCGAUCUUGGCUUCAGUCUGAAGGGCCCGAAAAUCCACGGAGGCGUGGACGUGUCGGGGGGUGUCGGCGCCCCAGACCUCAGCCUGGGCGAAGGGCAUCUGAGCGCCAAAGGCCCCGAGGUCGAGUGGAAAGGCCCCCAGGUCUCUGCUCUCCACCUGGGCGCGCCCACGAUCGCCGGCGGGCUCCAUCUCUCCGGACCGAAGGCGGAAGGAGCAGGGAAAGGAGGCCACGUCGGACUCCAGGGCCCGGGGCUGAGCGUGUCCGGGCCGCAGGGUCACUUGGAAAGCAGAUCUGGAAAAGUAACAUUCCCGAAGAUGAAAAUCCCCAAGUUCACCACCUCUGGCCGCGAGCUGGUGGGCAGAGAGGUGGGGGUGGAUAUCAAUUUCCCUAAAGGGGAGGCCGGCGGCCAGGCUGGUGCCGGAGAGGGCGAGUGGGAAGAGUCCGACGUCAAGCUGAAAAAGUCCAAAAUCAAGAUGCCCAAGUUCACCUUCUCCAAACAGAAAGGGAAGGGCGGCGCCACCGGCUCGCCGGAAGCAUCCAUCUCGGGGUCCAAGGGGGACCUGAAGAGCUCCAAGGCCAGCCUGGGCUCUCUGGAGGGAGAGGCCGAGGCCGAAGCGUCGUCGCCCAAGGCCAAGUUCUCCCUGUUCAGGAGCAAGAAACCCCGGCACCGCUCCAACUCCUUCAGCGACGAGAGGGAGUUCUCGGCGCCCACCACCCCGACGGGGACUCUGGAGUUCGAGGGCGGCGACCUGUCGCUGGAGGGCGGGAAGGUCAAAGGGAAGCACGGGAAGCUGAAGUUUGGUACCUUCGGCGGGUUGGGGUCAAAGAGCAAAGGUCAUUACGAGGUGACGGGCAGCGACGACGAGGCAGGCAGGCUGCAGGGGAGCGGCGUGUCCCUGCAGAAGUCCCGGCUGUCCUCCUCCUCCAGCAACGACAGCGGGACGAAGGUCGGCAUCCAGCUGCCCGAGGUGGAGCUGGUGGUUUCCACCAAGAAGGAGUAG